GAGUUUCAUUCUUGUCACCCAGGCUGGAGUGCAAUGGCACAAUCUUGGCUCAACGUAACCUCUACCUCCUGGGUUCAAGUGAUUAUCCUGCCUCAGCCUCCCGAGUAGCUGGAAUUACAGGCAUGCACCACCACGCCUCGCUAAUUUUUUUGUAUUUUUAGCAGAGACGGGGUUUCUCCAUGUUGUUCAGGUUGAUCUCGAACUCCCAACCUCAGGUGAUACGCCUGCCUCGGCCUCCCAAAGUGCUGGGAUUACAGGCGUGAGCCACUGCACCUGGCUGAAGAGGCCAAAGUUUUGUUUUGCUUUGCACACAUCUAUUCACCGUACCAACCAUAUGAUGUUUAAUUCAACCAUGUAUCCAGUUGCUAGUCUAGACCAAAAGUUUCUGGAUGGUAGGGACCGUGACUGCUUCAUCUAUUUUUUUUUUGAAUGACCUUAUGAAAUGGAAGCAAUUAGUUAUCUUUUGAGUCACCAGACCUCCUCUUUGUGUUUCACCAAAGUAAGGGCAAACUAGAGAAACUCUCAUCUGGGUACCAACCAAAGUUAUCUCUUGUAUGAGUAUGAAGGGAGAAAAAAAACACAGAAUGACCCAUUUCCCUUACACCGAGACAGAAGCAGAAUUAACCACUCAUCAGCCUCACACAAUUCUGCCCUGGAUAUCCUCACAUGUCUCAAAGACAUCUAGGUGAUUGUGAGAAGGUUCUCACUGACCCUGGGCUGAUGGCCCAAUGAUAAGCCAGGCUGAGAGAGAUUCAUGCUGAUUCUAAAUAGAACAUGGAACUGCUUUGGUGGAGCUCCAGAACCUGGAUCACCUAUCCUGAUUUGCUAGCUUUUGGGUGAGAAGGACAAGCAUACUCUACUCCAGUUUUUACAGGUAGGUAUAGUUGUGGUCAUGGCUCUGGAUACUUUGUGGCCUUGAUCUCUCACUCUUAAGAUGCUUGUUUACACUUACAGAUCUGUCAUCAAAUUCUAUUUACACCUGGAGUCUCUCACGUAACUGUAGCAGGUCACUGAACAAGAUCUGAAAAGCUUAAAGAGCCACACUCUCAAAUGGGGGCUUUAAGAUUUCUACGCUGACAUCUCACAAUACAGAAGAUGCCUUCUGUUGGUUUUCAGUACAUUCCCAAUCCAAAGUCUUCUGGCCCUGUUUUGUAAAUCCCAGGCAGAGGCCAGACCUUAUGUGCAGAUUCUAGGUGGGAUCAAUCUGACUCUGCAUCCUUGGGUGUUACAGCAAACAGAGUACAAACAAAGGAGAGCUCCCCUCAUAGAGGCUGCUCUGGCACAUUCUAAAUAAUAUGUCUAACUAAAAGAAAAAACUGAGGCAACAUGAAUAUAAGUAGAGAGUUCAUCUGGGCCAAGCUUGAGGACUGUAACCUUGGAGCAAAGAUACAUCUUCCAAAGACUGAACAAAUAAGAAAUUGAAUCCCUGAAUAGACCAGUAACAAGUGCCAAAAUUGAAUUGGUCUUAAAUGGCCAACCAAUCAAAAAUAGCAAAGAACCAGACAAAUUUACAGAUGAAUUCUACCAGAUGUACAAAGAAAAGCUGGUACCACUUCUAAUAUUAUUUCAAAAUAUUGAGAAAAAGGGACUUCUUUUUCAACUCAUUAUAUAAAAACAGCAUCAUUCUGAUACCAAAACUGGGAAGAGACACAAUAAAAAAAGAAAAGUUCAGGCCAAUAUCCCUGAGGAGCACUGAUGUGAAAAAACUCAAUAAAAUACUGGAGAACCGAAUCCCUGCACAUCAAAAAAACUUUUCCACCUCUAUCAAGUCGGCUUCAUCCCUGGGAUGCAAGGCUGGUUCAACACAUGCAAAUCAAUAAAUGUAAUCCAUCACAUAAACAGAACGAAAGACAAAAACACAUAAUUAUCUCCAGACGAGUCAGCUUGGGGAGGCGGCGGCAGCGCUGCGAGCAUACAGGGAGGCCCGAGCCUUGCCCGGGGAGGGUCGCGGGGUUGGGGGGCGAACUGCGGGAGAGGAGGCAUCUGCUUGCGCGCAGCCUGGGCCACGCCAUUGUUGGGGGAGGGGCGGCUGCUGAGGGCGGCUGCUAGUAGGGGCUAGAAAAGGUGCCAGCCGCGGCCGAGAGGUGCAGAGACGCCCCAAGGGAACACGCUGACCUAUUGCGUGUACCCCUAGUACCAGCCUCAAGCUGGGCCGGUGCGCAGGGCCAGAGCUGUACUGCGCAACCGACAUCUACUAGGCGGCAUCCAGGGAUGCGGUGGCGGUAGCACCCGCUUCUGUGGAGCCUGCCAGUUGCAUUUGGGAGCGGGCGAGGGCCACCACCUGCAGCACAUCAGCGACCACGAGAUGCCCUAAGAUUUAGCUUUGGAGUCAAACCCUUCUGACCAUCCAAGGGCAAGCACAAUUUUCCUGAGCAAAUCUCAAACCGAUAUGCGAGAAAAGAGGAAGAGCAACCAUUUAAAUCACGUAUCUCCAGGGCAGCUUACUAAAAAGCAUAGCUCAGGCUCAACAAUAUUUCUAGACGACAGAACAGUCAGCCAGCCUAAUCUUAGAACCACAGUAAAAUGUGUGACCUUAGAAAUAUAUUACCACAUAAAGAACAGAGAUGCAAAUAGAUCCCUGGAUAUUUUUGAUGAGAGAUCACAUCCCCUUACACGAGAAAAAGUUCCACAGGAAUACUUAAAGCAUGAUCCUGAGCACAAAUUUAUUUAUAGAUUUGUUCGUACUCUUUUGAGUGCUGCACAGCUAACAGCUGAAUGUGCAACAGUAACUUUGGUUUACUUAGAAAGGCUUUCAACUUACGCUGAAAUCAACAUUUGUCCCACUAACUGGAAAAGGAUUGUUCUGGGAGCCAUUCUUCUUGCCUCCAAGGUUUGGGAUGAUCAGGCUGUAUGGAAUGUGCACUACUGCCAGAUCCUCAAGGACAUUACAGUUGAGGACAUGAAUGAAAUGGAAAGGCAUUUUUCGGAGCUUCUUCAGUUUAAUAUUAAUGUUCCUGCCAGUGUUUAUGCCAAGCACUACCUUGACCUUCUCUCCUUAGCAGAUGAUGACAACCUGAAUUUUCUAUUUGCUCCUCUUAGCAAAGAAAGAGCACAGAACCUAGAGGCUAUUUAUAGAUUAUGUGAAGACAAAGCCUUGUGUGGGGCAGCUAUAAGAAGGUCUUUCAGCGCUGAUAACUUCAUUGGUAUUCAGCACUCUAAAGCCAUUCUCUCUUAAAGGGAGAAAUGAGGGGUUAUAAUGUCAUGGAACCUUCAUCUACAAAGACUGGAGAAAUACCACCUUUCCUGCUUAAAAACCAGCAAAAUUAGUGUU